AUGGAGAAUUCAGCGUAUGCAAUGUUCACGCUGAUCACAUUUCUACAAAUCAAUAAGGUUGCAGAAGUUCCUUUGACCUCAUUGGAGCAAGCCAAUUGUACUGGUGCUACACAAUUCUGGGAUGGUAGAUGCAAUGAAUGUACUGACUGUGGCAUUGGGUAUGGACCGUCUGGGACAUGUGGUAAUGGUAUAGGUGAACGUUAUAGUUGUGAAGUAUGUCCAAGUCUUACCUUUAGUGAUGAAUAUAGCAAUAAGCCAUGUCGUAGAUGUCAACAUUGUGAUCACCGUGAAAUUGUCCAUCCUUGUAAUGGUUCACAUGACACUGAGUGUGGAGGUUGUGAAAAAGGGUAUGUUACGCUAAGUGAAGAUUCUGUCAUAUGUGUAGACUGUAAAACAUUACCUGAUGACUAUCCUGAUUGUGUCAAGUCCACAGUUACGCUAACAACUAUUACACCAAUAACAUCAACACAAGUAAUGGCUGCAGUGGAUAAGUCAGGUGACAGUAAAUAUUGGAAAUCAAUUGCUAUUGGUGCAUUGACCAUAUUGGUUUGCUUGCUGAUAAUGUUCAGUGUGUACAAGUGGUACAGUAGAAGAUGUAAACGUAAAGCAGAUUCUAAUGAAGACGUUCCAUUGGAUGGUUUUGACUCCAGAUUAGGCAUUACCGGUAUUAGUAAUGGAAAGAAAGUACACUUCAAGAACACAAGUAAUUACAGAGAAAGUGAUGGUGAAUCUGCUGGAGAACAGGAUCCUCUGUUGAAACCAACCUUUACAAAGCAAGGUAGACCACUUUAUCAUCGAUCCUUCUCAGAACCAGCACGACCUGAAAAGUAUGAUGUAGACUUUGACCAAAGAAGAAUGAAUCAGCGAACUAUUAAGAAGAACGAAGAACUUGAUCAGUUAUUUCAAACGGCUUGUAUGAAAGGACACGAUCUUCCCCUCACCAAAGUGGGCUUUGUAAUCAAGGAAGAAAUCAGUUUAAUACUUAAUCCUAAGCCAGAAGACCAAGGUGUUAAAUUCUGGUAUCAUUUUGGUUUGGCUUGGGGUAUUGAGGAAAAGUUGCUGAAUAAUUUUGAGAAUAAAACUAUGUCUGUUUUCGAGCACGUCCAGCCAAAGGGAUAUACAGUUGAGAAACUGCUACAUAUACUGAAAGAUAUGGGAAAUGAUGAACUUUUACACACUGUGUGUAAUCAUGUUAUAAAAAACAUUAAAUUAGAAAAACACAAUGUAAUUGUUUAG